AUCUAGAAAACGCGCCGGACACUUUGAACUUUAGACAACGAUUUUCUGACAGUAACGGGAUUCCAGGCGUCCCACCACUCACGAGGAACAUACAUUACGGUUUACGGGUCAGCUCUUGCGUUUUGCAAAGAAGAGACCAUAAUCCCAAUUACAAAAAUAUCUUUCAUUUCCUAUUCGCCCAUUGCUGUUGGUGUGAUUAAAUCCUCUGUGCUCGAUUCCAAUUCCUUCGAACUUGGCUUCUCUCUCUCUUCUCUCCAACUCUUCAAUUCAGCAAUUUAUCUCUUUGUGCUAGAUUCUCUCUGUUUGCUAGCAUAUUUUAGAGUUUGGAAAAGUUGCGAGACUGGAUCAGAAGAAACAGAGUUCGCCAGAGGUGGUGAAGCCACCGAUGGCGGAGUCUUCGCUGAAUUUAGGUCUGGCGAGCUCAUCUUCUAGUUCUAGCGAAGUAUCCGUGUCCCUAGAGAAGGAUACUGUAGAUGAAAAUGGCGAUGGUAAUGGUUGCGGUGCUGUUGCUGAGCUGGAUACUGUAGAUGAAGUAGCUGGCGGUUCAGUUUCCAAUGGCGUCAGCGACUCUUCAGGAACUGCUGGGAUGGAAGUUACAAGAGUAAAUACAAAGCCUCGCGGAAUAUUUAGUCCUGAUAAAUCAGAAUCACAUUCAGGUCAUCUUAAGUUGGGAAGAUCAAAAACCGAGACAUCUAGACAUAAUAGUCAAUUUGCUCAAGACACAGCAAACGUUUUUGAUGACAAAAUUAGUGAACAUCAGAAGCUCAAAUUGUUGAAGAGAAUAGCUACUGUCAAAGACAAUGGAACUGUAGAAUUUGAGAUUCCAGGUGACGUAGAAUCCAGAGUGCUUGGAGUUGAAUCUCAAAGUGUCUCUAAUGAAGUUGAGGAUGAGCCUCUUGAUGCAACAGAACUACAAUAUAUUCCCCCAAUACAGAUUGCAAUGCUUAUUGUUGGAACACGCGGCGAUGUGCAACCUUUUAUUGCAAUUGGCAAACGUUUGCAGGAUUUUGGUCAUCGAGUGAGGCUGGCAACCCAUGCAAAUUUCAAAGAGUUUGUCCUAACCGCUGGGUUGGAGUUCUAUCCUCUUGGGGGUGAUCCAAAAGUUUUGGCUGGAUAUAUGGUUAAAAACAAGGGGUUCUUACCUUCUGGACCCUCAGAAAUUCCUGUUCAGAGAAACCAGUUGAAGGAUAUUAUAAAUUCUCUACUCUCACCUUGCAUAGAAUCUGAUAUGGAUACUGGGGUACCCUUCAAAGCAGAUGCUAUUAUUGCUAAUCCUCCAGCAUAUGGGCAUACACAUGUUGCAGAAGCACUGAAAAUCCCAAUUCAUAUUUUCUUUACAAUGCCAUGGACGCCAACUAGCGAAUUUCCUCAUCCAUUGUCCCGCGUUAAACAACCUGCUGGAUAUAGGCUGUCGUAUCAGAUUGUUGACUCCUUGAUUUGGCUAGGAAUACGCGAUAUGAUAAAUGAUACCAGGAAAAGAAAACUGAAACUAAGACCAGUCACAUAUUUAAGCGGUUCUCAAGGCUCUGAGUUGGAUAUCCCGCAUGGAUAUAUUUGGAGUCCUCACCUUGUACCUAAACCAAAAGAUUGGGGAUCUAAGGUUGAUGUGGUGGGAUUUUGCUUCCUUGAUCUUGCAUCGGGUUAUGAACCUCCAGAAUCACUAGUAAAUUGGCUGAAUGCUGGUCAGAAACCUAUUUACAUUGGGUUUGGUAGUCUUCCUGUUCAAGGGCCAGAGAAAAUGACCCAAGUAAUUGUUGAAGCAUUAGAACUCACUGGACAAAGGGGAAUCAUCAACAAAGGCUGGGGUGGCCUUGGCAAUCUGGCUGAACCAAAGGAUUCUGUGUACUUGCUCGAUAAUUGUCCCCAUGAUUGGCUUUUCUUACAAUGUUCUGCAGUGGUGCACCAUGGGGGUGCUGGAACAACGGCUGCUGGUCUUAAAGCUGCGUGUCCAACAACUGUUGUCCCCUUCUUUGGUGACCAGCCAUUUUGGGGGGAAAGGGUGCAUGCUAGAGGUGUAGGCCCUCCACCUAUACCUAUUGAUGAAUUUUCACUUCCUAAGCUGGUUGAUGCAAUUAAUUUCAUGCUUGAUCCUAAGGUAAAGGAGCGUGCAGUUGAGCUGGCUAAGGCGAUGGAGAAUGAAGAUGGGGUCACUGGAGCAGUAAAAGCCUUCUUUAAGCAUCUUCCACGCAAAAAGUCUGAGCCUGAUCAAAUACCUGCAGCACCAAGUUUGUUUUCUAUUGGAAGAUGCUUCGGUUGUUCCUAGAUUUCAAAAUGGAUAAAGAUAUGAAAUCUCUGUCACUAUUUACUAUACCUUGUUCCUGUAAUUAUAGAACAUAUUUAUAUACACCCAAUUGGUCUCUCCCAGCCAGAACCUGUAGCCUUGAUUAUUACAUUGUUCCAUAUAUAGUUGGAUACCGCUGAAAAAUAACAAGCCGAUUUCAUAUUCAUCAUAAGAUUAAUCAAUGUUGUAAAUGACAGUUUUAAAUCGUCCUAGUUAUGUUUUAAGACUUCUUA